AUGAAAAUUUCAUCUUCUCGUUGCACAACAAUAACUAAUGGAAAAAUUACAAGUUCUGUACAAAGAAAUAAACCAUUAGUCACACCAAUACCAAUUAUUCGUGUACCUUCGCCUACUCCUGUUGCAAUUCCACAAAUUGAAACAGUGCCAAACGACCAAAUUACUAUUCGUAAAAGUCGACAUGAACAAGAUAAUUCGAUAAGUUAUACGUGUAGUUUGUGUAAUUGCCGGUGUUGGUCUAUACGCAAUAUACGCCGACACGUACGCCUUCAUGCUGAUACUCGUCCGUAUACUUGUAAUAUAUGUGAAUUAAAAUUUAAAUCAUAUAGUAAUUUAAUGAAGCAUUUUAAAACUAAUCGACAUCAACAAAAUAAAGAAACUGAUCAAAAGAAUUGGACGAUUGAUAGCGCAGCGCUUGAAGAACAAAAUAAAUUAAUUAAUCAAGUAUUAAUUAUCGAUGACGAUAAUCAUCAAGUAGAAGAAUGUGAAAUAUCAACUUCUCCAAUAGAUGAAUCGAACAAUCUACUUGAAGAUUUACAUAUACCUGAUAGUCGUUUAAUUGAUGGUGAUGCUGCUGAACUUGCUCUGAUAGAUCCAAACACAUUUGAAGAACUGCAUAAAGCAGCUGAAUGUUUACUCAACUUACAAGGAGCUUAUUAUUUUGGUGAAGAUGAAAAUAAUGGAACAGACAAAUCAAAUUCUCUGCUUUCAACUUAA